AUGGAAAUCACCGAUUUCCUAUCGUUAAUUUGUAACGAUAGUCAACAGGUCUGGGCAGAUCAAGAUCUCUCUUCAUGCACUCACAAAUAUAUCUUCGGAUUCGCCCUCCAUAUUCUCACGUUAAUCGUCAUUGCUUAUAACAUCGGUCAACGUUCGAAUUGUUCGUAUCGUCUAUGGACACUGCCACUAGUGUUCAUUCGUUUAGCUUCAUGUGUGAUACUUCUCAGCACAUGUUCAUACUACUUUUACAUAUACUUUUUUGCUGAUACAGUCAACCAUCAAUGGCUUGAUGUGAUUAACACAGUUAUCAUUCUGAUAACAUAUAUAUUAAUCUGUUACUUGAAUUUAAAUAAAAAUCUUUAUCACAGGAAACGUCCAAGAAGCUAUGUGAUUUGGAUGUUGGUGUUUUUUCUCCUGGAGAAUUAUGAUAUUUAUCGUUUGGCGAUUAAACAUUUAACAUUCGUUGAGAGUAUAUAUGUAGUUAUUAGGCAAGUAUGUUUCGCUUUCAUCUUUCUCGGUCUUCUAUGUAUAAGUCGUCAUCAAUGCCAUCGACCAGGACAAAGUCAUCGAAAUGUUGAACCAAAUGAAAACCGACGUUUAUUAUCAGAUACGAUGAUCAUUCAACCGACAUGUGCUUUUCUUCCAUUACCAUCAGCAUUGGAUUCUCCAAAUGUCAUUAAUGAAGAUUUAGCUACUUUAUCACAAUUGUUUACUUUUUCUUGGUUUGAUCCAUUGAUGAAGCGUGGUUACCAAUCACUAAUCCACAAUCUGAAUGAUCUUUGUUUUUUACCGUUGAUACUCUAUCCAUCGUACUUAUCGUAUCGACAUCAUCCACAACUCUCGCGUUCGCUUUUGUCAAUCUUCGGUCGAUCGUUUUUUUUUCUUGGUAUUUUGAAGAUCCUUGGUGAUGGUCUCGCUUUUGGUGGGCCGAUCUUUCUAAAUCGAUUGAUUAAUUAUAUGGAAGAGUCAAGUAGCGCGGAGCAAAAAGAUCGAAGUUUACGUCACGGUCUUCUUCUUUCCAGCACAUUAAUUGGAACUGUAGCAUUAGCAUCGUUUCUCAACACACAUUUUACUUAUCGCAUCACUCUUCUAGGACUUCGAUGCAAGAUGUAUCUCUACACACGUAUAUAUUCAAAAACGACUGAAUUGAAUACAUGCGAAAUGAAUCGAUUCAGUAUGGGUGAAAUUGUGAACUUUAUGUCAACAGAUUCGGAUCGAAUCGUGAACUUUUUCCAGUCAUUUCAUGCAUUUUGGUCUCUACCAGUUCAGAUCGCAAUUGUUCUCUAUUUACUCUACAAACAAAUUGGUUUAACAUUUUUGACUGGUCUGGCUUUCGCCAUCAUUCUCAUACCGAUCAAUAAAGUAAUUGCAAGUAAAAUUGGCAAAUUAAGUCAAGAUAUGAUGUUGUACAAAGAUCAACGUGUGAAGCUCGUCUCCGAAAUCAUCUUUGGAAUACGCGCGAUCAAAAUGAACACAUAUGAAAAGUAUUUUACGGAUCAAAUGGAUGAAGUACGACGUAAAGAAUUACGUGCUCUGCGUGGAAGAAAAUAUCUCGAUGCAUUUUGUGUGUACUUCUGGGCAACCACGCCUGUACUUAUUUCGGUGUUAACAUUUACAACAUAUACAUUAUUAGGCAAUCAACUAACACCAGCCAAGGUCUUUACAAGUUUAGCUCUGUUUGCUCUAUUAAUUUCACCGUUGAAUUCAUUUCCGUGGGUGAUUAACGGAUUAGUCGAAGCACACGUGUCACUAAAACGUGUCCAACGUUUUAUUGAUAUUGAACCAAUUCCUCUCGAAGACUACUAUGAAAAUAUACCGAUUGAACCUACACCAACAUUAGAUAAUAUCUUUCUAAAUUCGAUGGAUAAUCCAGCGUUAGAUAUUCGUAUUACACGAGCAAAUUUUUCGUGGAAUGCAGCUAAUAAUCUUGAAUCGGAUGAUAUAGCAUUGAGAGAUGUAGAACUGAGCAUUCCGCGCGGAAGUCUGGUACUCAUUGUUGGUCGAGUCGGAAGCGGAAAAACAACUUUAUUGAAUAGUUUAUUAGGCGAAUUGAAUAAACUCAAUGGUACAAUCAACGUUCAUCGUGUGAUGGAAAAUGGAUUUGCUUAUGUUAGUCAAGAAUCAUGGAUUCAACAAAUGUCCUUUCGAGACAACAUCCUUUUUGACAAAAUCUAUGAUGAACAGUGGUAUAAGAAAGUGAUUCACGCCUGUGCACUUGAAAGUGAUAUCAAAAAUCUUGGUCCAGCUGGCGAUCAAACGUUGAUUGGUGAAAAUGGUGUAACGCUUUCAGGUGGUCAAAAAGCGCGUCUUGCACUCGCUCGAGCUGUCUAUCAGGCACAUGAUCCUCUGUCGGCUGUUGACGUUCAUGUAGCACGGCAUCUUUUCUCUCGAUGUAUCCGCGAUGUUUUGAAAUACAAAACACGUCUUCUAUGUACUCAUCAGAUUCAGUUUAUGGAGCAAGCUGAUUAUGUGAUACUAAUGGACAAUGGACGAAUUGUUCAAACAGGAAAACCCAGUGAAGUUCUCUCGUCAGCGGAAAAUUUGCUCCUAUCAAGUAUUCACUCAUCGCAAACAAGUAUUUCCACGACACAGAAGUCAACAGUGGAUAUAGAAGAACAAGUAAUUCAGUCAGAGACAGCUCUUCAAAACGAAGCUGAACAAAGAUGUACCGGAACAGUGAAAUUCGAAGUUUGGAAACGAUACUUCAUUGCAGUGGGUAUUUGUCUGUCAUUUUCAAUUGUCGUUUCCGUCUUUCUGAUGCAAGCUUCCCGAAACGUAUUCGAUUGGUGGUUAUCCUACUGGACAAGUCAUCAGUUGACUUUCGCCAACAUGUCGAACAUAACUCGACAAUCAUCAUUCAAAAUUCUCAAUCCUAACAUAACAUCCCCUGCCGGAAGCGUGACUAUUUUGGAUGCUCGGCCAAUGUUUGGUUUCGCUACACAAUCAAUGGACAAAGACUUCAAACAUUUCUUCAUGAUAUAUGUGGCAUUGGCUAUUGUAAAUUCGCUAUUCACUAUAGUUCGUGCGUUUACGUUUGCUUAUGGUGGUAUCGCCGCAGCAAGAAAGCUGCACCAAUCAUUGUUUCAAGCUCUUCUUCAAUGUUCGAUAUCGUUCUUCGAUACAACACCAAGCGGGAGAAUAUUGAAUCGAUUUUCCAGCGAUACGUGGAGUGUCGAUGAUUCUUUGCCAUUCAUGAUGAAUAUUCUUCUAGCAAAUAUAUUUGCAUUAUUAGGUACCUUAGUUCUAUCGUGUUAUGGUUUACCGAAAUUUCUCAUUAUUCUCGUCCCAUUGACGAUAUUCUAUUAUUUCAUUCAGAAUUAUUACCGAUGGACAUCACGCGAAAUUAAACGUUUAUCUUCAAUAACGUUAUCACCUGUUUAUGCCCAUUUUGGUGAAACAAUAUCUGGCCUGGCGACAAUUCGCGCAUUCCGUCAUGUCACACGAUUUGUUGAAUACAAUUUUCUCUUAGUAUCGAACAGCAUUCGUGCACAAUUUGCAUCGCUAGUUGCUAGUUCGUGGCUUGGUUUUCGUCUCCAAUUGAUUGGAAUCGUUAUGGUUGCCGGAAUUUCAAUCAUUGGUGUUCUCGAACACGUCUAUACAGUUCAGGGAUCGAACCCAGCAUUAGUCGGACUUUCUCUAUCGUAUAUUCUCUCGGUAACUGGUCUUCUCAAUGGUUUAAUAUCUAGUUUUACUGAAACAGAAAAGGAAAUGGUUGGUGUUGAACGUGUGACAGCAUACAUUGAUGAAUUACCACCGGAAGAAGAUCUAUCUCAUCAAUACGUGAUUUUAAAUGAACCAGGAGGACAAGAAGGGUCAACAAUAGAAUUCCGAAAUGUCACGAUGAGAUAUGCGAUUGGUCACAAACUUGCAUUGAACGAUGUGACACUUCAAAUCAAGUCAAAUGAGAAAAUUGGUAUCGUUGGACGAACAGGCUCAGGGAAAAGUAGUUUAUUAGCGACACUAUUUCGUACCGUAAAUCUUUGUGGUGGACAAAUAUUAAUUGACAAUAUUGAUAUAACUGCAAUUGAACGACGUGUACUUCGACAAAUUUUGGCGAUCAUUCCACAGAAUCCGUUUUUAUUCAGUGGAACGAUACGAGACAAUCUUGAUCCAUAUCGGCAAUACACCGAUGAAGAUAUUCAUGUUGUUUUGGAGAAAUGUCACCUACGUGAUUUGAUAGACAACUUAGGUAAUGGUCUUGAUUCUAUGAUUGUUGAACGCGGCCGUAAUCUUUCUGUUGGUGAAAAACAACUGGUUUGUCUUGCUCGAGCAUUGCUUCGAAAAGCUAAGGUACUUUGUUUGGACGAAGCGACAGCAAAUAUCGAUGUCGAUACCGAUCGUCUUAUUCAAACAUCCAUUCGAAAUACGUGUUUGAAUGUUACUGUGAUUACUAUUGCUCAUCGUAUUCAAACGAUUGUUGAUUCUGAUCGAGUGAUUGUUAUGGAUAAUGGUCGUAUGAUUGAAUUCGAUUCACCGAAAACUCUUGUGAAUAAUUCGCAAUCUGUGUUUGCUCGACUUGUACGUGAAGCGAAUGUUCAACUCGCUUGA